UGGUCGCUGGCUCGCUCGCCGCCCCGGCCCCCCCUCUUCUCCUCCGAUCCUCCCGCCGCGCCGGAGCUGGCUGGCUGGGGACGGAGGGGGAACAAUUCGUCCCCGCGGCAGCCGGAUUCCGCUCCGAUUCGGGGAUUCCUUUUCGUCCGGCAGGUUUACCAAGAGGACCGUGACUAUUGAACGGUAGCCUGCAUCUCAUAUUAGGUUAAUCUACCACAUUAUGGCCUCGGUUGGUGCGAUGCGUCCUUCUGUGGGCUUGCGGAGUGACACCAGUACAAGUGGUGAUGCUGGUCAUCUGCCGAAUCAGAUGAGCAACAUGAGCAUAAGGGAUGAUCAGGACCCUGAAGAUAUUGUAGUCAACGGCAAUGGGACGGAACCAGGCCAUAUUAUAGUCACAAGCAUUGAGGGAAGAAAUGGACAAGCAAAACAGACCAUUAGCUACAUGGCUGAGCGUGUGGUAGGACAUGGGUCGUUUGGAACUGUUUUCCAGGCCAAGUGUCUUGAAACUGGCGAGACUGUAGCUAUAAAGAAGGUUCUUCAAGACAAGAGAUAUAAGAACCGUGAGCUGCAAACGAUGCGAGUUCUUGAUCACCCAAAUGUUGUGGCUUUAAAGCAUUGUUUUUUCUCAAAGACUGAGAAGGAGGAGCUUUACCUCAACUUGGUGCUUGAAUAUGUGCCGGAGACUGCUCAUCGUGUCAUUAAACAUUACAACAAGAUGAACCAACGCAUGCCGUUGAUAUAUGCAAAAUUGUAUAUGUAUCAGAUAUGUAGAUCUUUGGCCUACAUUCAUAACAGCAUUGGAGUGUGCCACAGGGACAUCAAACCUCAAAAUCUGCUGGUGAAUCCACAUACUCAUCAGUUGAAGCUGUGUGACUUUGGCAGCGCCAAAGUAUUGGUCAAAGGAGAACCAAAUAUUUCCUAUAUCUGUUCAAGGUACUACAGAGCCCCAGAGCUCAUAUUUGGUGCUACAGAAUACACAACGGCAAUUGAUGUUUGGUCUGCUGGUUGUGUUCUUGCUGAACUCCUUCUAGGACAGCCUAUAUUCCCUGGGGACAGUGGCGUUGACCAGCUUGUUGAAAUCAUCAAGGUUUUAGGAACCCCUACACGAGAAGAAAUUAAGUGCAUGAAUCCAAAUUAUACCGAGUUUAAGUUCCCACAAAUCAAAGCUCACCCAUGGCACAAGAUCUUCCACAAAAGAAUGCCUGCUGAAGCAGUAGAUCUUGUUUCCAGACUAUUGCAGUAUUCACCAAGCCUUCGGUCAACUGCUUUGGAAGCAUUAAUCCAUCCAUUCUUUGAUGAACUCCGGGAUCCAAACACCCGCUUACCAAAUGGCCGCUUCCUUCCUCCCCUCUUCAACUUCAAGUCCCAUGAGUUGAAGGGGGUGCCAAUGGACAUCCUGGUGAAGCUCAUCCCUGAACAUGCUCGGAAGCAAUGCGCCUUUGUAGGAUGGUGAUCUGUCAGAGGACGGCUUGAAGAUUAGUUCAGAAUCAAUCCAAUUGUCGUCUACUAGAAACCUGAGGAGUUUGAAAUUGCCUGCAGCCACGUGGGAUAUAGGCGACGAUGCAUGUGAUUAUUAUUCUUUCUUUUUUCUCAUCGAUGCCAUGUAUUCUUUUCCCCCUACUGCCGAUGUAACAAAUCACCCAUGGUUCUGUAAAGUAGGUGCUAAGUGUUCGACCAUUCUCCCUUGAGCUCAUGUACCAGUUUCUAUAGCACCAUACAAGGAAGGAUGCACCCUAUGUACGGCAAAUGCUUGGUCCAAUAUUUCUUCAUGGAUUGAGGUAUAAAUUCAUUUGUACUCA